AUGGAAGACGUACCUACUCUAACUAUACGGAGGGGUGCAAUAAAAGGCCGUAUCACAAAAUUCCUAAAAUUCUUACAAGAUUUCACGGAUGACGGAGACGUAUCGCAAAUCCGAGUACGAAAACAAAAAAUCGAAGAAUGUUGGGAUGAAUUUCAAAAAAUACAGUCCGCCAUAGAAAUCAAGGUCGAAGACGAGGCACAAGCUACAGCCGAAGAAAACUAUCGGUUUGAAUUUGAAGAUAUGUACUUUCAAGCCAUCGCAGACAGCGAAAAAAUACUAAUUAAAACCGGUCACAACGCAAACCCAAAUAUAAGUAAUAACAGUAAUGGCGAAGUACAGGGAAGCACAAACAGCUGCAAUCAUCUAGCAUCAAUAGUAAAGCUAGCACCGUUAAAAAUACCCGAGUUUAGUGGUAACUAUAAAGAUUGGUCAGCGUUUAAAGAUAUAUUCACAAUAAUGGUACACUCAAAUGAGAACGUUCAGGAAGUUCAAAAGUUGUUUUACUUAAAAGCCGCACUGUCUGGAGACGCAGCUGAAGUCGUAAAAUGUUUUGAAACUUCCGCAAACAACUAUCAAAUUGCAUGGGAGUGUUUAAACGAGCGAUUCAAUAAUAAACGGAUUAUGGUGCAGGCACACAUAAAGGCAAUUUUCGACUUAGAAAAAAUAACAGAAGAAUCGUCAGAAAAGUUGCGGCAGUUUGUCGACAAGCUGUUCGGUCACAUAAAGGCACUAGAAGCGAUCGGAUACACACCUAUGUCAUGGGGUCCGAUGUUGUUACACGUUAUCUCAACAAAGCUCGACAAUACUACCUUACGUGAAUGGGAAACACAAGCUCCUAAAACAGAAGUCCCAAAGGUCGAAGAAUUAAUUGCGUUUUUAAAGAGCCGAUUUCAAGUCUUAGAAUCGAUUGAAAACGCGCAAAGUUUAAAUAAAACCACAAACGGACCGUCGCAAAUGCCGAUAAGAGAUAACAAGAUAAAGAAUAAAAAUAAAACAUUGUUUACACACGCCGCAACAGUAAAAUUCAAAUGUUACAUUUGCAAAGAGCCGCACGCUAUUUAUAAAUGCAAACAAUUUUUAGAUCUCGCAGUGAAACAGCGUCGAGAAAAUGUUACAAAAUUAAAAUUGUGUAUUAAUUGUUUAUCAAAACAUAAAGAUAAUAAGUGCAAGGCGAAAGGGUGUCGAAAAUGUGGAGAACACCACAACACGCUGUUACACGAAAACGUUUCCGAACAAAACGCGGAAACCGUACCACCUACGUCAAUAAGUGCGCACGCAGCUGCUAGCGCACCGGGUGCAAAGGUUUUAUUAUCCACGGCAAUAAUAAAAAUUUUUAGCAGUACAAACGAACCAUUUUUUGCACGAGCAUUACUCGAUUCUGCUUCUCAGGGCAAUUUCAUCACUAAUAAUUUAGUAUGCAAAUUACGACUCGCGAAACACAAAUUUGAUUGCGCUAUUUCUGGUGUGAACGCCGCCGAAUGCCGGGUAUCGCACGUAGUCACGGCAGAAGUGCGGGCGCGUACAAACGAGUAUACGAGGUCAAUCAACUUUAUGACAUUGCCAAAAAUAACAUCCAAAUUACCGACCAGUCCGAUACACGUCAGCAACUCGUACACCGUACCGGAGUAUAUAGAGUUUGCCGAUCCGACGUACGCGACGCCGGGAGAAAUUGAUUUGCUUUUGGGAGCCGAAGUAUUUUUUGAUACACUUCGUUCUGGUCAGUAUAAACCGACGGCAAACGGACUCGUUUACCAGGAAACUGCUUUUGGAUGGGUGGUCGCAGGAUCAGUACAACAGCACUCGAGUAAUUCAGGGCAUACAUUUGUCGCGCAGACACUACCAAGCGAUUGUUGUCGACAAAUAGAAAAACAAAUUUCCAAAUUUUGGCAUCUAGAAGAGUUAGGGAAAGUGGAAUGUUUCAGCCUCGAAGAAAAACAAUGUAUAGAACAUUUCGAAAAAAGUGUAACCAAAGGCGCAGACGGAAGGUUCAUUGUGCAGCUGCCCUUCAAAGAAAAUCCAAAUGAAUUAGGUAAUUCGAAAGCAGUCGCAUUAAAACGAUUUAUGUCUACUGAAAACAGAUUACGUAUUAACCCGAAAUUAAAGGAAGCCUACGUACAGUUCAUAAAUGAAUACGUAAAAUUAGGUCAUAUGGAACAAGUUCGGGAUAACGACGAAAACAAUAAACCUGUUUAUUAUAUACCGCAUCACGCAGUGUUACGCGAUAACAGUUUAACAACAAAGCUGCGGGUUGUAUUUGACGCGUCGUGUAUAACGGAUACCGGGAAGAGCCUUAAUGACAUCCUAUUAAAAGGACCGUCAAUUCAAGAUGACCUAAUUAGUAUCAUAACUCGUUUUCGCACACAUAAAUACGCAAUGUCCGCUGACAUCGAGAAAAUGUAUCGGCAAAUUUGGAUCGCCAAAAAAGACCGCGAUUUUCAACGCGUGUUGUGGAGAGCGAACCCAGAGGACGAAGUAAAGGAAUACCGACUUAACACGGUAACGUACGGAACAAGUCCAGCGUCUUAUUUAGCUACAGCGUGUUUAAAAAAAUUGGCCGACGAUAUGAGACCAUUAUUUCCGGACGCCAGCUCUGCCGUCACAACAGAUUUCUAUAUGGACGAUUAUCUGGGCGGCGCACAAACGAUCGACGCAGCCGUUAAAUUGCGUAACGAAAUAGUGGCGAUAACAAACUCGUCGGGAUUUAAUUUAAGGAAGUGGGUGUCGAACGAUAAACGUCUAUUAACCGGAAUUCCUAAUGACGACGACGACCCGCUGCGGGUGUUAAAUUUAGACGGUAGCGCCGUAAAAACGCUGGGCAUGAGCUGGAAUCCGUGUAACGACACAUAUACAUAUAAGUUCGAAAAAGUAAACAAUGACAAGGUCAUUACGAAACGUACGGUACUAUCCGCGAUCGCAACAAUAUUUGAUCCGUUGUCAUUAAUCGGCCCAGUCGUAGUAAAAGCAAAGAUUUUCAUGCAACAAUUAUGGACAAAUAAAAUCGGCUGGGACGAAAAACUACCGCCACCAUUAUACGUCGAAUGGAACACGUACUAUGAAGAGUUACCUGAAAUAGAACAAAUACGAAUACCGCGGUGCGUAAUGGGAGUUAACAAUGCGCUCCAUAUACAAAUACACGGUUUCGCGGACGCGUCAAUAAAAGCAUACGCGGCAGCGAUGUAUUUACGCGCGACAGACGAGUACGGCAAUCACGUCACACGCUUAAUUGCCGCCAAAUCACGAGUAGCCCCACUAAAGGUAAUUUCUUUGGCAAAAUUAGAAUUGUGUGCGGCAGUCUUACUCGUGCGCUUAGUUAAUAAAAUACUGCCCAGUUUGCGCGUAAAUUGUGUUCGACGUUAUUUUUGGUCAGACUCUACAAUAGUUUUGGCGUGGAUAAGUUCACCGGCGUCCAAAUGGAAAACCUUCGUGGCGCACAGAGUCGGAGAAGUACAACAGUUUUCCGCUGUAACGGAAUGGGCACACGUUAAGUCCGAAGACAAUCCCGCGGAUGUACUUUCCAGAGGCUGUAGUCCAAAACAGUUACGUGAACAUAAACUGUGGUGGGAAGGCCCACAAUGGCUGCAGGCAGAUGAAAAUUCGUGGCCAAAUGCUAAAGAAAAGGUGCCGUUACCACCCGAAGAAAUGCCAGAAUUUAAAGGUGAAAGACCUGUCGUGCUGACUACAAAGGUCGAAUACGGUUUAAUUGAAAAAUAUUCAUGUUUACAAAAAUUACUUCGUAUUACGGCGUAUUGCAUGCGUUGGAAAACGUACAAUAGUAAAAAUAAGCAUUUCACGGCGGAAAUCAAUACGGAAGAACUCGAUGCCGCUAAAAAUGUAUUAAUUAAAUUGGUACAAGGACAAUAUUUUCAUGAUGAAAUUAAAUGUUUAAUUGCAAAACAAAAUGUUAAUAAACGAAGUAAGUUGAAAUUAUUGUGCCCGUAUAUCGAUAAGGACGGUAUAUUACGGGUUGGCGGGCGUCUGAACAAUAUGCAAUCAAUCAACGCCGAUAAGCGAAACCCAGUAUUAUUACCUGCACAGUCCAAAUUAACAAUAUUGAUAUUUAUGCACGAACAUUAUCGCCAAAUACAUGUAGGUCCUCAAGCGCUAUUAGCGACAAUUAGGGAUCAAUAUUGGCCAUUAAACGGCAGAAAUAUCGCCAGAUCAGUGGUAAACAAAUGCGUUAUUUGUUUUAAAACCAAACCUUUUACAUUCCAACCAGUUAUGGGUGACCUGCCAAAAGCACGCAUGCAACCCGGCCGCGCAUUUGCGACCACUGGUAUGGAUUUUGCCGGUCCUAUAAAAAUCAAGACGAGCGCUCGCCGUAAUGCGCCGAUAUUAAAAGCAUAUAUAUGUGUGUUCGUGUGUUUUGCCACCAAGGCAGUACACAUAGAGUUGGUGAGCGAUCUAAGCACGGAUGCUUUCUUAGCCGCGCUCCGAAGAUUUUGGUCAAGGCGCGGGUACUGUACAACAUUAUGGUCCGACAAUGGCAAAAACUUCGUUGGAGCCAAUCGAAAGUUAAAAGAAUUAUGCGAUUUGUUUGGUUCCAAGGAACACCAAGCGAAAGUGCAACGUUGCGUGACCGAAGUUGGAAUAAAUUGGAAAUUCAUUCCCGUAUAUAGCCCUCAUUUCGGCGGAUUGUGGGAAAGCGCCGUUAAGUCGAUAAAACAUCACUUAGUCAGGCAGCUAGGUAGUACAGCUUUAACGUUUGAAGAACUAUACACCGUAUUAAACCGUAUAGAAGCUUGCUUGAACUCCCGUCCUUUAUCCCCGUUAUCUUCUGAUCCAUCCGAUCUAAAUGUGCUCACGCCUGGGCAUUUCCUUGUUGGUGGCUCUCUGACUUGUUUACCAGAUAAAGACGUGGCAAACGUGCCAACCAACCGUCUUCGCCGCUGGCAAUUGGUAACUCAACUGACACAGCAAAUUUGGCAGCGUUGGAGUCGGGAGUAUCUUAGCCAAUUACAGGGACGAACCAAGUGGUCAUCAAAAAAUGGUCCAUCGGUAAAAAAGGAUUUGUUGGUGGUCAUAAGGGAACCUAAUUUGGCACCUACACAGUGGCGACUGGGUCGAAUUAUCGAAUUACACCCCGGUCAGGACGAUGUCAUUCGCGUGGUCACUGUGAGAACGGAAAGGGGUCAGUCCAAACAAGCCGUUAGAAACUUGUGUCCCUUGCCACUUGAUGAUUAA